AAAAAGGACGGAUCUCCAGAAACUUCCUCAAACCCCAUGAUAAACCCUACUAAACGCCCAUUCAUAACUCACGGAGUCUGAGACUCGAUAGAAACAGUGCCCAUUUACUCCACCUCUCUCUCUCUCCCCGGUCGCUUUACGUUCAAUUUCUUCCUCCCGUGAACGAACGAUGCACAGACUAUCGAGGCGUUCCGUCUCCACUAUCCUCCGCUCCACUGGCUCUGCCUCUCGUUACGGGAGCGCCGCCACCGCUGUCCCAUUCUCCGAUUCUGUUGUCGACGGUGAGGCCAAAUUCAGAUGGUACUCGGUUUUGACCACUGGGAGAGAGAUACCAAAUAAAACCAAGCAGCUGAACUUGAAGCAUACCUUUUUCUUGGGUACCCGUUACGAGUCUACGGCUGCAGAAUCUGAUUCGUCAUCAUCCCCUCCGUCUGUGGGUGAAAAAUAUGAGUAUCAAGCUGAGGUUAGUCGCCUUAUGGACCUCAUUGUUAAUAGUCUAUACAGCAACAAAGAGGUGUUUCUUCGGGAGCUUAUCAGUAAUGCGAGUGAUGCCUUGGACAAACUGCGAUUUCUUAGUGUCACUGACUCUGAGCUUUUGAAGGAUGCUACUGAUCUUGACAUUCGUAUUCAAACCGAUAAAGAUAAUGGGAUUAUAACUAUCACUGAUAGUGGCAUUGGUAUGACUCGUCAAGAACUUAUUGAUUGUCUUGGAACUAUCGCACAAAGUGGAACUGCAAAGUUUUUGAAGGCAUUGAAGGAUAGCAAGGAUGCUGGUGCUGACAACAAUUUAAUUGGGCAAUUUGGUGUGGGCUUUUAUUCAGCUUUUCUCGUGGCAGAUCGGGUUGUUGUCUCAACAAAAAGCCCACGAUCUGAUAAACAAUAUGUAUGGGAAGGAGAGGCCAAUGCAAGCUCAUAUACUAUAAGAGAGGACACAGACCCAGAAAAUCACAUUCCUAGAGGAACUCGCCUUACACUGUAUCUUAAGCGUGAUGACAAAGGCUUUGCACAUCCAGAACGGAUCCAGAAGCUUGUGAAAAACUACUCACAGUUUGUUUCAUUCCCAAUAUACACCUGGCAGGAGAAAGGAUACACUAAAGAGGUUGAGGUUGAUGAGGAUCCAGCUGAGGCCAAAAAGGAUGAACAAGACGAUACCACUGAGAAGAAGAAGAAGAAAACAAAAACUGUUGUUGAGAAAUACUGGGACUGGGAACUUACUAAUGAGACCCAACCAAUAUGGCUUCGGAACCCUAAAGAAGUUUCUACAGAUGAUUACAAUGAGUUUUACAAGAAAACCUUUAAUGAAUACUUGGAGCCUUUAGCGUCUUCUCAUUUCACAACUGAGGGUGAGGUGGAGUUCAGGUCCAUACUUUAUGUGCCAGCCAUUGCUUCCACAGGAAAGGAUGACAUAGUCAAUCCCAAAACAAAAAAUAUCAGGCUCUACGUAAAAAGGGUCUUCAUUUCAGAUGAUUUUGAUGGAGAACUGUUCCCACGAUAUCUAAGCUUCGUGAAAGGUGUUGUGGACUCCAAUGACCUCCCCCUCAAUGUUUCUCGCGAGAUUCUUCAAGAAAGUCGCAUUGUGCGGAUUAUGAGGAAACGCUUGGUUCGAAAGGCAUUUGACAUGAUUUUGGGCAUUUCCAUGAGUGAGAAUAGAGAAGAUUAUGAGAAGUUCUGGGAUAACUUUGGCAAACACUUAAAAUUGGGUUGCAUUGAGGAUCGUGAAAACCACAAGCGUAUUGCACCACUGCUCCGAUUUUUUUCUUCCCAGAGUGAGCAGGAGAUGAUUAGCUUGGAUGAGUACGUGGAAAACAUGAAACCUGAGCAGAAGGAUAUCUAUUACAUAGCUUCUGACAGUGUAACCAGCGCUAGGAACACGCCUUUCUUAGAGAGACUUCUUGAGAAGGAUCUUGAAGUGCUGUUCUUGGUUGAUCCCAUUGAUGAAAUUGCCAUCCAGAACCUGAAAUCAUACAAGGAGAAAAAUUUUGUUGACAUCACCAAGGAAGACUUGGAUUUAGGUGACAAGAAUGAGGAGAAAGAGAAGAACAUGAAGCAAGAGUUUGGCCAAACUUGUGAUUGGAUUAAGAAGCGCUUGGGUGACAAAGUUGCCAGUGUACAAAUAUCAAAUCGCUUGAGCUCAUCACCCUGUGUCCUUGUGUCUGGGAAAUUUGGUUGGUCCGCGAACAUGGAGAGGCUAAUGAAGUCACAAACAGUUGGUGAUAUGUCCAGCCUGGAGUUCAUGAGAGGCAGAAGGGUGUUUGAGAUCAAUCCUGAACAUGAAAUAAUUAAGAACUUAACUGCUGCAUGCAGGAGUAACCAAGAUGAUGAAGAUGCCCUAAGAGCUGUAGAUCUCCUUUACGAUGCAGCUUUGGUUUCCAGUGGAUAUACUCCUGAGGAUCCAGCACAGCUGGGUGGGAAGAUUUAUGAGAUGAUGGGUAUGGCGCUAUCAGGGAAAUGGUCAAGUCCUCCUGAGAUUCAGCAUCCUGUAUCUUCUCAACCAGGUAUCCCAGAAACAUUAGAAGCAGAGGUGGUUGAGCCGGUUGAAGCUGAUGGGCAGAAGUGAGAGGGGAGGGGACGCAAAAAACAAAUGCAAUUUUUGCUGCUUCAUUUCCAUGUUUCAUAUGCGUAUAUUUAUCUAGGAGGGGGAUUAUUAAGGCUUUAGUUCAUAAAUGGCAGAGGGGAAUUGUGCAAGACUGAGCUGGACUGAUGUUGCCUGAAUGCUUCGAAAUGGUUGUAGUUAAAUGAUUAUUUUUGUCUUGUUCGCGUUUA